AUGUCAAUUGAAAACAUUCAACCAACUGAGCUCGAAUUUGUUAGCAGAUUCCUAACCUUGGCCACUUUAUCUGAGCCAGUUUUCUCAAAGGAUUAUCAGAAGCCGUUGCAAGAAGUAACUAGUCUUGGUGUUGCAUUACCAGGUCUAAGAUACAAAUAUGAACCUUCUAGGGUCAGAAAAAAUGCAGGCAGUUCUAACAAUGGCUCGGGUUCCAUGAGUGAUAAUGCUUCUAAUGCAAUUAAGUUGACUUUGAAGAGUAUUAGAGCUCCGAAAUUCUCUAUUGAGCAUGAGUUCUCUGGCAAUGAUACUGUUCUUCAAGUUAAACUGUUCUUGGUCAAUGAAAAGAAAGUCGAACAAAAGGAACAACUUAAGUUGUUGCUAAAGGGUAAAGUGUUGCAUGAUAAAUUUUUACUUUCAGAUUUAAAUGUUACUGAAGCAACUUUGAAUGUUAUGGUAUCUAAACCUGUUCUAUCAACCGCUGAUGAAGUCGAACCGGAAGCUCCAUCAUUAGACUCCGUUUCACCUACUGUAUCAUAUGAAGUUCCUUGGGAUGAAAUUGAAACGUUAUUGAAUAAUAAAUGGAAUAAUCAAGAACAAGUCUUUAAAGCACUCAAAAAAAUGAAGACAAAUUAUGAAAUGAAUUAG